AUGGCGGCAGUGCCGACGUCACUCGCCAUUGAUCACCAGGUGGAUGAGGCUGAGAAGACAGAAUCAACAGAAAAAUGGCACAAAUGUAGAAGGCGGUCCAGACACAACAGCAAUAAGCGCGUGGUUAUAAAUGAUGGUGGAGCAGCUUCCUGGAAUCGGCAGCAGGUUAACCUGUCCGACGUAUCAGAUGCAAGUGCAGGUGCUAGGCAGGAAAGACCCCAGGGUGUUCCUGUAAUGCCGGGGGACCCUCAGCAGCCACCUGUCCUAGGGGAUAGUAGCUUUGAUCCUCCUUAUGAGGAUGCUUGUGAUAAUUUGGGGCCCCAAUCUGAUGAUCUGCCACCUUUAGAUGCUACAGCUAGUUCCCCUUUGCUUUUUGUUGAUAAUAUGCGGCAAGUUUCUUCUUCCUACCCUGACAACUUGAAAUCGGCCAGAGAGUACCCUGAGUUUGGGGUGCCUUUGUCCGCUGAGAAGACAGAGGACCCUUCAACGAUUAUUUCGUUUUUGGGUAUAGAAAUAGAUUCUGUGGCCAUGGUUUUUAGACUACCGGCGGAGAAAUUGGAGAUUUCAGGAUUUUCGGAGGAUGUGUCCGGAUGCUGCGUUGGAAGGGCUCCCUUGCCCCCCAUUGGUCUGGGCCCUGCCGAGCAACGUCUGAUCCCACUGGUUGAAUCGUCGCUGGCGGCAUCUACGUGGGCGGGACAUGAUGUGCAGAGGACGAUGGUUUAUUUCCUGGGCCACUCUUAUUUCCACCGGGCCGCGCAGAGAGCUGAUUGCCGGCCGGGUGGGAGAUCGUUGGGAUGCGGCAAUGUUGAGCCUCACUGGAGAGGGAUCCCAGGUAUGCGUUGGACACGGGUCCUUACUGAAGUGGUGGACAUUGCUAGAACCGUCCGUUCCGGUGUCAUUUUGGUGGUGCAUGCGGGCGGGAAUGAUCUCUGUUAUUCCCGGGUUCCUGAUCUGAUUACUUUGAUGAAAGCCGAUGUUGAACGGUUUUCUGGGUUUUUUCCCGAUUUAGUCUUAGUAUGGUCCGAGAUAGUGCCUAGAGUAUCCUGGCAGGGUGCUCGCAAUGCUGAGGCCAUCGAGCGUUCACGGCGUUUGGUGAAUUCUCGUAUGGCCCGGUUUGUGCGACAGAAGGGUGGAGUGGUGGUCCGUCAUCGGGAGCUGGAAGGUGAUAACAGACGGUUUAUGAUCUCUGAUGGGGUUCACUUGAAUGAUAUAGGCCUAGACAUCUUCUUGUCGGGCUUACAAGAUGGUUUGGAGCAGGCCUUGUUUUUGCUUGGUGGGGGUCGGAGCACCGUGUAGGAGUACACGGGCUCCUCGGUGGCCUGAGGAGAGGAGAUU